AACGUGAGCGAGAGACUAGAAACAAGAAACUACAAAACCCAAAAACUAAUGGAAGAUUUGAUUCUGAAGCAUGUUAGCCUGGAGCACCCGGCCAACCAGCAAAGCCACGAGACAGAAGGGCUGAGCUCCAAACACCUGGUGGUGCGAAGAGGAGAGCCGUUCAGGGUCACCCUGUUCUUCCAGGGCCGGCUGUUCAACCCAGACAGAGACAGCCUGGUCUUCAGAGCACAGCUAGGUGGCCUCCUCGUGAAAUUCCCUGCCACCUUCUCGAAGCCGCAGUCAUAUUCCCAGUGGAACGCUGAGAUUGAGCCUGGGAAAAGUGCUCGCAGCCAGAGUGUCACCGUCACCAUCUUAGCGCCUGCCUUCUCCCCCAUCGGCCUGUACGAGCUCUGCCUUCACGUCCUGACUCAGCCCAGGCAGUACAGCUAUCGCAUCGGGGAGUUUGUGCUGCUCUAUAACCCCUGGUGUCCCGCCGAUUCAGUGUACCUUCAAACUGAAGAUCUGAGAGAAGAAUGUGUGAAAAGUGAUGUUGGAUUUUUGUACAUGGGUACCUCCAAGAAUGUGAUACCAAGACCAUGGGAAUUUGGCCAGUAUGAAGAAGGAAUCUUGGAGAUCUGCCUGGACCUUCUGAAAAUCAGUCCACAGCACAGGAGGAACUGGCAGAAGGACUACCUGUGUCGCUCGGACCCUGUGUACCUGAGCAGGGUGGUGUGCGCGAUGAUCAACUGUGAGGAUGACAGAGGGAUUCUGAAGGGGAAUUGGUCUGGGGUCUUCAAAAAUGGAGUUAGCCCCUCAGAGUGGUCGGGAAGUGCUGACAUACUGAAACUGUGGGCCGAAUCCAAGUUCAGCCCGGUGCACUACGGCCAGUGUUGGGUCUUUGCAGCUGUCAUGUGCACAGUCAUGAGAGUCCUGGGAAUCCCGUGCAGGGUCGUCACCAACUUCAACUCUGCCCACGACACCAAUGCCAACCUUGUUAUCGAGGAAUACUAUGACGGGAUGGGGAAAAAACUACACAUGAGCAAAGAUAGCAUUUGGAAUUUCCACGUGUGGGUUGAAUGCUGGAUGGCUCGUCGUGACUUAGGGUCUGGUUUUGACGGAUGGCAAGUUUUGGACCCAACUCCUCAGGAACGAAGUGGUGGAAUAUUCUGCUGCGGCCCUUCUCCCGUGAAGGGCAUCAGGGACCGCCGUUUGAACCUGAUCUACGACGUGCCCUUCGUCUACGCCGAGGUGAACGCGGAUGUUCACACGGUCAUCGUGCAGAACGGACAGGUGCUGUCCCGCAGCGUGGACAAGGAGAGAGUGGGCUCGGUCAUCUGCACCAAGAGCGUGGGGUCCGCCUUGCCCCAAAACGUGACCAGCGCCUACAAAAACACCAAAGCUGUAAUGCCUUCAAACAGAAGUACAGAUGGAAGUCCGAGGUCAAGACGAUCAUAUGCUAAUCGAGAAGAAAAACAUACCUUGGCCCUUUCCAUGAGUCUGGACAAGACACCUAUCGCUGGGGAGACCAUCUCUUUUACAGUCACUGUCACCAACAAGGAGAAUUCCCCCAAAAUCCUGAAGGAACACAUUAAUGCACAGGCCAAGGAGUACAACAGUAGUCCACUAGAGACCUUCUGGGAGGUCCACAACUUGCUACGACUGGCCCCCUAUGAAGUCAAGACCACCGUCCAUCACAUUACCCACUCUGAGUAUGACGAGAUGCUGUUGGGUGAUGGCCUGGUGAACCUCGCUGUGGUAAUGCAGGACAUAGGCAGCUAUGAACGAGUUCUGGUUACAGAAGAGUUUAACAUCACCAACCCACUGAUCUCCAUUUCGAUGACUGGCAAUGAUUACGUGGUGAAGAAUGAAAAACGCGAAGCUCGCUUUCUCUUCAGAAACCCUUUCCAUAUUCCCAUGAGUGGCGUACUGACAGUCAUGGGAGCUGGUUUAUUGCACAAAAAAGUACAUUCAAAUGUGAGCCUCCAGCCGGGUGAAAUCAUGGAGGAAAAGAUCUCUUUCACCCCAAAGGCAGCCGGUACCAAGAUGCUCCACGCCAACCUGGUAUUCAAAAACCGGCCCAUGGUGAUAAGGGGCUUCACAACCGUGCUGGUCAGAGCAACGUAAACCCUGUCCCUGGUCCAGAUGAGCAGUGACUUCACCACUGUACCAGUGAUUGAACUGAUUUCCACCAUUUCCACCACAGAAAGCACUGUACUUUUAUUUUUUUAAAUUUAUUGUUUCCCCAAUUUUUUUCAUAUUUAUUCAUUUGAAAGCAGAAAUGACAACUUUCGUUGUCCAUUCUAUUACUUAUGAUGGAUCUGUGUUUAUAAUUCAGUGGAAGCAAGCAGUGUAUGUUACCGUAGUGCAAAGCUAAUACUAAACUAUUAUUUGUAGAUGUAGAAUGAGUCCAGCUCCAUCGUUACUUCUGGGUUAUUUCCCAUUGGCUUUCCAUUCAAUUCAUGCGGGUAAUAUGUGGUGGUACACUUACAGCAUAGUUGCUCAAAGAAGUAAAAUAAAUAUACAGAGGUAAUAGUAGAUCCUAUUAAUGGUGGUUUGAUUAAGUUUACCCAUCACUACUGUAUAGGUAUAUUCUUGCAUUCAGGCAUGUGAGACUUGUGUGUAAUCCACUGUUUUUUAAUGUGAUGUAUAGUAUUUGCCUCUCCCUGAAUGAACGUCAUAGCCUGUGUCUAGCCUAUGUGAUGCAUAGACUGUACUAUUCAUACGCGAGACAUUCCUUAUUUAAUAUUUUGUACCUGCUGUCUUAUUUAUUGUAUAAUAUAUAUUUUUUUAUUCUUAAAUAUGAGUGAAUAUAAAUAUAAUAAAUAUAAAUAUAAUAUAAAUACAAAUAUUUUUAAUAUAAAUAAGUAAAAAUGAUUUGUGCUGGUCAAUCCAUUUACAAACUCAAAAAUGCGCUUUUGUCUUGUCAUUUUCAAAGUAAAUUUGAGUUUACAUUUAUAUUUCUGUUCUCAACACAUUUCUGGGGAGGUGCGUGUCAGGCUACGCCAUAGGGAACGCGGCUACGCGUAGGCAGUGCCGUAGCCUUUGCGUAGACUCAACGCAGAAGGAGAAGUAGAAACCAGGCUUUAAUCUUCCAAAUCACAGUGCUACAUGUUUUUGAAUUCUUGCAGCUUUGGAUUCAUAAAAAUUAAAAUAAAAAGAAUAAUUUCCCAAUUCUGAUAAUCUGACAAA